AUGUCGUCGCAAUGGCAAGGGAAGCCUCAUGUGAAAGGCUCUACGGAUACGAUGCGCAUGGCGCUAUUGACUUUCUCAUUAGUCGGGCUACAGUUCACUUGGGGCAUUGAAAUGACCUACUGUACACCGUAUCUCCUUUCCCUAGGGCUCACCAAGUCGAAAACCUCCCUUGUCUGGAUCGCAGGUCCGAUCUCCGGGUUGAUAAUGCAACCGAUAGUUGGCGUGGUAGCUGAUCGAUCGAAGUCGAAGUACGGCAGAAGAAGGCCGUUCAUGGUCGUCGGGUCUUUUGUGGUAGGGGCUUGUCUGAUGGCGUUGGGAUGGGCAAAGGAGAUUGUUGCAUACUUCGUAGAGGAAGGCGAAUUCAGGAAAACAUGUACGGUGACGCUUGCUGUGUUCUCGAUAUAUGCGAUCGACUUCGCGAUCAAUGCUGUUCAAGGUUGUUGUAGGAGCUUGAUCGCCGAUACGUUACCAGCUCCCAAACAACAGGCCGGCAGUGCAUGGGCAAGCAGAAUGGUCGCCAUUGGUCAUUUAGUAGGAUAUAUCAUAGGCACUAUUGACUUAGUCGGCAUCUUCGGCCCAUCCUAUGGGGACACCCAAUUCAAGAAGUUGAUCCUUCUAGCUGCCUUCGCACUGGUAUUCACAGUUGCAGUAACAUCUUGGGCCGUCACCGAGCGAGUAUUGAUCGCUGGAAAGGAUGAUCAAGGUCCGUCUAAGGGCUUAGUACAGAUCAUAAGCCACAUCUUCCAAGCAGCAACGACUCUCCCACCUCGAAUCCAAGCCAUCUGCAACAUCCAGCUCUGGUCUGGGAUCGGAUGGUUCCCGUUCAUGUUCUACAGUACCACAUUUGUCGGCGAAAUAUACUUCCGUUAUGAUGUUCCUCAGGACUUCAAGAAGUCAAAAGACGCUCUUGGGGAAAUUGGACGUAUAGGUAGUUUCUCGCUGGUCUUAUUCUCGUUCGUCACAUUCGUCGGCGCUCUCGUCAUCCCCUUCUUCGUCAAAUCCCCCGACGAAGAGAACUUUACAGCUCGACCCCCAGCCUCCAUCGCCAAAGUCGUCACCAAAGUAUCUAAGUACAAACCCGAUCUCCACACAGCUUGGAUCUACGGCCACCUCCUGUUCAGCAGCGCCAUGAUCCUCGCCCCUUUCGCACACUCCUUCCGCUUCGCAACUUUCCUUGUUACCCUCUGCGGCGUUCCUUGGGUAUUCGCUUCUUGGGCGCCGAACACGUUUAUGGGCAUCGAAGUCAACCGCCUAGGCAGCCAAUCUCGACGACUUUCAUCAUUGUCGCCUCUUGAGUCCGGAUCGCUGGAGAAAGGUUCUCCGCCGCCCGAGCCGCCUGCUUCUGGCGAGCUCUCUGGGCUUUAUUUCGGCAUUCUCAACAUCUACGCCGUCAUCCCACAGUUCAUUAGCACCUUCAUCAGCAUGGUCAUUUUUAGCAUCCUGGAGCCGGGAAAAAGUCCUGAGUUGGCUCACGACGCAGACCCACUUGAGGUCCAUAGCACAGACGGCCCAAACGCUAUUGCCGUCUGUCUGUUCAUCGGUGCGCUCAGUACGAUUGGUGCAGCCUUUGCAACGAAGAAGUUACGGAAUCUGCACAGAGAAAUGUACGUCAAGGAGUGA